GCUGCUGCCGCCCCAGCAUCCACCAAGCUCAGACGCGUUGUGCCAGACCUGGAGCCGCUGAAGUUCGACGACGAGGUCCUCGAGGACCAGGUCCCCGCCGAGGAUGACGCGCCGGAGCCGACACAUAAAUACCUCGAGCAGCAGCGUAAUAUGCUAUACUACCUCCGACUAAUAGAACACGAAAUGCCCAAGCUUGUCGCAUACCGCAAGCCGUUCGUCCCCCCUAAUGCAUCCCAACCUCUCGUUGUUCGCUCUAUCUCGUAUGGUGGAGAGCCGCAUCCAGCUGCCGCCAAGCGAACUAUUGUCGUUCCGGUGGCUGGCCUUCCGCUAAAGAACGAGGCGGCGAUUCACAAGUUCAAGGUGCUUGCGGGCGUUAGGUGGAGCCCGGAUGCGCCUACGAACUCUGGGAUUGACUCGGAAGAGAGCGGAGGAGAGCACGGGUACUUCAAGAUAUCUUGUGAGGACUUCCCGAAGCCGGCUAUGAACUUGAAGUGGGCAAGUGACACUCUCGACCGGCUGUUGGCCGCUGCGAACGACACGAGGGAGACAUUUGCCGACAUUCCCCUCGACACCCGACACAUCGAGGCACGGAUACGCAAGGCGAAGAAGGGCGGUCACAUCUACGGGCAGCAGACUCACCGGCCAUCACUAAAGGACUUCCCCAAGGAGUGGCUUCCUGCACCAAAGCCUGAAGCAGCGGCCGCGCCUGGUGCAAGUAGUACUUAACUGCCGUAGCUCCCCGUGUCCCCUUCACUAUUCAUUUGCAUCUUCUCGGAGCGCAUCGUCCGGAUUCACC